CCAAUGCAGCCCUUCAACAUGGCGCCUACGAGGAAGUGAGCUGCAUUUAAAACAAAUGUUUAUACUUAGGGACAAGUACAGUGAGUAGUAAGUUUAAAAUAUAUCAUUUUCAAGACGGUAACUGCAAAAUGAAAGGCAAAGAUAGGUCGCCCGUGAAAAAGCGCUCGCGUAUUCUGGAAGAUAUCCGAGAACGGGGAGGAAGUCACCCAACAAGUAACGUUAAGAAAAUGGGAUCUUUCUCUGCAGGUGACAACAACGGGAAUGGUUCUGUCAAAAGUGGUGUUUCGGUAAGACGGAGUUUACCAUCUGAAAAGAGAGACAGUCGAGAUGUAUACUGCCAUGUGUCCAGUCGAACUGAGAGUAACCACGGAUAUGCUAACACAACUGGUUCGAGUAGCAAGUUACACAUUAGCCUUGCUCUGGACCCUACCACAAGGAGCAAUUCUCGCGGGGAACUGCGGCCUCUUCCGAGCAACGGAAGUGAGUACAAGACUCUAAAAAUUGGCGAACUGGGUUCUCAGUUAAGCGACGAAGAAAUUGAAGAUGGAUUAUUUCACGAAUUUAAGAAAUUUGGGGACGUGAGUGUCAAAAUAAGCCGAGUUAACGACGAAAGGGUGGCAUUUGUGGAUUUCAGAAGGCCGGAAAACGCCAAGGCGGCCAAGCACGCACGCGGCAAGUUGGUGCUCUAUGAUCGCCCUCUAAAGAUUGAGGCGGUGUGCACGAACCGGCGUAGGAGCCGCUCACCCAUCGAAAAAGAUCCAUAUGUGGGAGUUGCAGGGCACAGACAUUUGCAUGUCCAAAGAUCAAUUUCACCAACGGGGCUAGGAUAUAGAGACUUCAGACUGCAGCAGUUAGCCCUGGGUCGUCUCCCCCCUCCUCCCUCCCCCCCACCCCUCUCUAGAGAACUGGAAAGAGAGAUGGAAUUUUCGAUCUAUGAAGCCAGGGCCCGGCCACCCUUCAUCCCUGACUGUGCAGCUUUCCACGAGGAGGACCUCUUAUCACCUGAAAAUGAUCAGCGGGCCAACAGGACGUUGUUUCUUGGCAAUCUCAACAUCUCAGUGAAAGAGAAUGACUUGAGAAGGGCGUUUAACAGGUUUGGGGUGAUCACAGAGGUGGACAUCAAGCGGACAUCCGCUCGCGGACAGAACUGCACUUAUGGAUUUCUAAAGUUUGAGAACCUGGACAUGGCUCACCGUGCUAAGAUCACCAUGUCAGGCAAAGUGGUGUGUCACAACCCUAUCAAAAUUGGCUAUGGCAAAGCGACCCCCACAUCCAGGCUGUGGGUGGGGGGUCUUGGACACUGGGUCCCCCUUGCUGCCCUGGCCAGGGAGUUUGACCGCUUUGGCACCAUCAGGUCUAUAGACUACAGGAAGGGGGACAUGUGGGCCUACAUUCAGUAUGAAAGUCUGGAUGCUUCCCAGGCCGCCUGCUCCCACAUGCAUGGCUUCCCUCUGGGUGGUCCUGAGAGGAGACUUAGGGUGGACUUUGCCGACACAGAGCUCCGCUACCAGCAACAUUACCUGCAGCCUCACUUUGACCUAGUGGCAGACUCCUUUGUCCACCGGCCAACCCCCGAGGCCAUCAGGGUCAGAGAGAGGAGUCCUCCACCCACACUCUGCUUCAGAGAAAGGGAACUGUACACUGCUGACUGGGCUGGCCUAGCGGUCCGAGAGCGGGUGAGAGGGGCAGCCUUUGAGCCCCCGGAGCACCUAGAAAGGCGUUCACGGGAACCCUGGUCUCUGGAGCGGGAGCUGCAGAGCCGAGACCAGGUCCGAAAACGACGCCUCUUGGAGGACGGGCGGCGCCCUGACCGCUCACCGGACAGCAGCAAACAUGUGCGUCGUCGCCACGGCACCUCUAUGGAGCGGAGCCCUGGUGGCAGCUGCCAGGACGGGGUGCGCUACAGCCCUCCACACUCUGACAGACCCUCCCCCGGCGGAGAGCAGCGGAGCAGCCUGGACCAUGGCCCCGGGGACAAGAGACUGCGGACGCUCAGCCCAGCAGAGCCAGAACAGGACCGCAAAUGCAAAGCCAGUGACUCCUGUAAGAGACCUGUAAAGAGGGAGGACCGCUCUGACCACCUCUCCUCCUCCAGGUCUAGCCUGCAGUCCGAGCAAGGGGCCGGGGGGCAGAAGCUGUGCCAGGCCUGGCAGGGCGUGCUCCUGCUGAAGAACAGCAGCUUCCCCACCUCCAUGCAUCUGCUGGAGGGGGACCUAGCUGUGGCAGCCGGACUACUGGUGGAGGGUUCCACUGGUAGCCAGGUGUCCCAGCUGAAGAUCACCCAACGCCUGCGUCUGGACCAGCCCAAGCUGGACGAGGUGUCCCGUCGCAUCAAAACUGCUGGCCCCAACGGCUACUCUAUCCUUCUAGCUGUGCCAGGGAGCUCCGAGGAGGGUCUUCAGGACGUGGGGAGCUCCACCGAGAGGCCUCUGAAGAAUCUGGUCUCCUACCUGAAGCAGAAGCAAGCGGCCGGCGUCAUCAGUCUGCCCGUGGGCGGCAGCCGUGACAAGGACGGCGCAGGAGUUCUUCACGCUUUCCCCCCCUGUGAUUUUUCACAGCAUUUCUUGGAUGCCUCAGCUAAAGCCCUUGCCAAAACCGAAGAAGACUACCUGGUUAUGGUCAUUGUCAGAGGAGCGUCAUAAAAUGAGAAAAAAUAGAAAAUCAUUAAUGUCUUGUGUGAUGUAUUGGUAGAACUAUGGCACAUACACACCCACACUGUGUUACAUGAUUUAGCUGUCUUUCUGUCUUGCAACAAGUAGAACUUCUUGGCAGAAAACAAUGCUAUACUGAGAGUAAUUUGGUAAUCAACAAUAACAAGCCUUUCAUAUAUUUGAAGUUGUCAGCUCAGCAUGCAUUAACCUAUAGCUUGCGUUACAUUCUGUUGGUGGUUUACUUUUAAUGGGAAUGAUUUAAAUGUCAAGAAGUGGAUACAUUUAAUUGAAAUGGUUAAGUCAAAGUAGAUUCACCUUUUCUAUUUGCUCAACUAAGCUAUUUAAAUCAUCAAUCUGUAGAGUAAAUUAUGUGUUUUUGUAAAUCACAACUAGGCCUACAUUGAUUGCUUUUAAUAUGGAAAAAAUCUGACUUCCAUUGUAUUUGCUUUGUGAAGUCUUGUUUGCUAUUCAUUGCAGUAGAACAUAAAAGGAUAUAAAGAUUAAUCUGAGACCUGAAAAAACUAAGUGUAUUUCAGUCAUCUCCUCUCAGUACAUUUACUCAAAACUGGUUAUAAAUCAACCAUGCCAUGAUUUAGGAGCCAUGUGAAGGUGUGUGUACUUAUAUAGCUUUAAGACAAUACAAUUUAUCUUUUAUACAGGUAAAUUGUCUGAUUUUGAAAGGUAUGUCAAUGCAUUGCCAAUUUUACUUGUAAAUUAUUGAAGUCUGCUUUUGUACAUCAAUAAGAGUAUACCUGUCUCUCUUGUCAAGCAACUGUUUAAAAGGGCAUGAAAGGUUUUGAAAUUCAGUUACUUACAUCAAAGCUUACCUGGAAUAUCCUCAAAUUGAAAAUGUAUGUUUGAUGUCUUACUUAUUGAUAUGUAUAAUUGGGACAAUUUUACAAUUUAUAAUCGUAAAGCGCUAACAUUUUCACCUGCUGUUGUCAGUGUAUCUUGGCUUGGCACCAAUAGCACCCACAGUUUAAAUCUGAAUUUUCAAUGUUGGAAACAAUAUUUUGUAUGAAACAUUUCAAGAUAAUCUAGAAUAUCAGAGUUAUCGAUGUGUUACAAUGUGUUGCAUUGCCCUGCUGGCGUUAGAAUAUUGGUAAAAAAACAACAAUAGUAAAUGGUAAAAAAUAACUUUUUUGGCUAUAUUAGCAUAAAUCCAGAAUGGUUUUGAUUGUCUACAAGUCUAUGCUCUUUGGUUUCAUCUAAUAGAGGUGAUGCCACAUAAAUUCCAUAGAGGGUAUUAUUUUUGAGUAAACAAGAAAUACCACCAUUUCCCUGUGCCACUGAGGUCAUUGAGGUCCGGAAGUUCUCCUGGUUUGCAUUAUGAGUUAUUUCUAACAAUCUGCCCCACAGUUAAAUGGUUGAGUCAAGUUUAGGUUUUCUUUCACUCAAAAAGAUAGAAAUCAAGCAUACAAACCAAAUGACAAUGGCCCUUCAUGGCAGUAAUGUGUCCCUUGAUGACUUCCCCUUUUGGUUCUGAGAGAACUGUCUAGAUAAGAAGUGAAACCAUUAGAAACUUUUCUAGCUUUCCAGAGAGCUAUGUGGAGCCAUUUCUAAUACAGUCCUAUCAGUUUCACAAAAGUGAGUCAAACUCCUUUCCUUCGGUCCUUGUUAUCUAAAUGGAAUUUAUCCAAUGUGUUAAAUCAGUUAUGUCAAAGUUAUGACUCAGGAUUGAAAAAGGAUACCUUUCUUUUUGCUCUCAAGGACAAAGAGUAUGUGUGUGUGUAUAUAUAGAUUUUAACACUGAGUUUAGCUUAACGAUAUACUUUUUCAAAUUCUGUUUUAGAGUUAAACUAAAGAUAAGGCUGUUGACUGGCAUUAGGCCUAAUAUGUAUAAACAUUUCUCAAUACUACAGUUAAAGUUAAUUUAGAUAAUUAGUGAUUUUCAAUUUGGCUUUUGCAAUCAUUGCCAACUUUAUACUUGGGGAACUCAGUAGUGCUGUUGAUGCCAGAGCCAUUUGCUUUUUCUUAGGAAUCGAAGUGUAUUGACCCCCCCCCCCCCCCCCCCCCCCAAAAAAUGUAUGUAUUUUUAGUUACAUUUCUUGUAUAAAAUGAUUACUGUAUGUAUGCUAUGGACACUUCAGAUUUGAGCAAGGGAUACCAGCAUGGAUAACACCACCGUACUACCAUUGGACACUGGGAAACACCAUAUGCAAAAAUACCCCAGAAUGCACAGGGGCAAGGGUCCUUUGCACAGUGUCCCUUUAUGCAUUUCACUGAAUUGACUGCUCUUAAGUUGUGCUAAUGCUUUGUGAUGCCAGUUCCCGUGUUUUAAAUGGAAAAUUUGCUUGAUGCUGUGUACACCUGAUUUCUGGAGAAAAAAAUGGAAACCACCAUUGCACGUACGCCUAAAACACAAAGUGCAGCUUGCAUUUUAUAGGUUUUGUUUCGGUAUCAAUAAAUUUUGUUUUUCGUGGGGAAACAAA